UAUUCAUCACAAUAACAGGCCCUGGUUUUAUGUUUGUUUGCAGCGCUUCCUACACGGACUCAAAUAAGCGCUACACCCACAGUUUCCUAGCAACCGACGCCAUCCGGGAUGCAAUGGCUAAAUUUGUGCUCGCUGGCAAAACUGACUGCCCACAUUACGCCAAAGCGGAACUAUUAGCAGACAGUCUGCAGAGAUGUCUGCCAAACUUCAGGAUCCACAAGAUCUCAGUCCUUCCACAUGCAUGGAAGGAAUGGCUCGAGGACACCUGCACAAGAAAUGGCUGGAAACACGAGCAGUCCCCUUUGGUUUGGAGGGAGCUGGUGGACCAAGGGGGGAAAGCGAUGCUUUUAGGGGGGUUUAGUGACUUCCUAGAGCAUUGUCAGGACUAUUACAGCGUCACAUCAGAUAUGCCUACAGAUAUCAUGCUGAGUGUUGCAUCAGAGAAUCUGGAAACCAAGAUGAACUCAAUCGUAGAGGAGCAACAUCGUGUCAGUCUUAUUAAACCCCUUCAUAUAUGGCUCAGCAGCGCUCUCAGCCCAACCGGCCACUUCCUGAUCCCCAAUCUGCUCUCUGCUGAGGUGUUCCCCAACACUUCUGCUAUCAGCCUCCACCUUUUAAACCUGGAGGGGAAAGAGGAGCAACUUCAGUGGCUUAGGAUGGAGACGGAGAACCUGGCACUCCCUCUGCUAUAUCAAGUGACCAUUCACACAGAUCUGGAACAGGCCUUUAAAGAAGCUGAUGUCAUUCUACUUCAGGAUGAGUGUUGGUCUGAUGACAGUGAUACAGAAGAUGAGGAGGAAAUGAAGAAGAAGGUGAAGAGAAUCUCAGACAGAUACAGAGAGUAUGGACAGCUGAUUGACACACGGGCCAACAGGGAGGUAAAGGUCAUCGUGUCUGGGGACUCCUUUGUCAACCUGAGAUGCUCACUACUUUUGGACAACGUAAACUUGAUUGACAGCAACCAAUUUGUCACCGUGGCAACUCAGCUGGAGAAUGAAGCGAGGGCCAUCAUCGCAAGGAAGCUGAAAGUGAGGACGUCAGAUGUCACACACGUCAUUGUGUGGGGAAACAUCAGCGGCAGUUUCUAUAUUGACCUCCAGAGAGCAAAGGUUUUCAACUAUGAUGGGCCAAUCAAAGGACCAGCUUACUUUUCCCAACCAGCCAAAAACAUCCUCCAAGAAAGGAAAUGGUUGGAAACAGAUUUACAGGAGUUGGUGCGUUGUCAGCGUGCAGCUGUGGCUUCAAAGACCUGCCGUGCUGCUCCCAUGUCGCUCGCUAAUGGGAUCCUUGAGGUCCUAAAGGCGUGGAAUGGCAUUUGUGGUCCAGAUGAGAUCUUCUCUUUGGGAGUGCUUUGCCCAGGUGACUAUAAUCUCCCAGAUGGCAUCGUCCUCUCAGUCCCGGUCAUUUUCACAGACAGGAAGUGGUCCGUGCUUUCUGAUGUGACACGUGAAGACAAUUUGAAGGAGAGACUUGAGAUUGCGGCGAGUGAACUCAGGCAGGAGAAAGAACUGGGAUCAGAGGAUAACACGGUUGCGAUCAAUAAAAAAAUAGUUGAUGGACGAUUAAAACAGACUAAAACAUGAUGAAGUAAUCCAGAAGAAUCUCACUGCCACAUCUUAUUUUUGUUUCAGUUUGUUCUUUUAUUCUCAAACUUUCACAUGUGGUGUUGCAGUUUUAUUUGACCAGUUUCAUGACAAUAAAGUUUUUUCCGCUUUGUGAAACCCGUCCGUUGCUGUUAUAUUUUCAGAUGUAAAAGACCAAACUGAGUACUUUAUGGAAAA